GAAUUAUAGUCUAGAAGCUGGUUUAUCAUUAACCAACUCGUAAGAAAGGCUGCACAUUAUAAGCAAUACUUAGGAGUGGCUAUACAAUUUUUAAGCAAAAAUUAUGUAUUGUGUUAGAAAAAUAUAUUUCAAUGCAUAAUUUUUUUGUUUAAAAGACGCAACGUUUCGAAAAUGUAUUGAAACUGACCGUUCGCAGCGCGGGUAACGGCUCAACUCUUUUUAUUGUCUCAUACAGGUGGUGGCAUCAUUAUAAGUUACAGUAACAGUAAAUGAAAAAAAUUCCAAAAACAAGCUGGAGUAAAAACAGUAAAGUGAGAACUUACAAACGGUGAGAAAGCCAACAAUAAAUAAACACAAAAGCUGUGCCAUUUAGAAGGCCCACAAAAAAAGAGUUGUCAGCGCUGCGGAAAAAUAUGAGAACUUUACACCAACGAAACUGAAUACGGGUACGGAAAAAGUUAGUAUAAUUAUGUUCAACGUAUUCACUGACACCCUUCUGCCAGUUACGUGGACUCAUGUACAUACAUGCCAUGCGACGCACAAUCUAGUUACGCGUGCACGUCAAGGGACCGUGCAACAAUAAAAGCCGAAACUUUCGUGUUGAACAUGUGCAAGUUGGACAUAAAAUAAAGGAUAAAAACAAAUAAAAAAUAAUGUCGCACUACACCACUCAUGUCACAUCCGCUUUGAAAGUUAUGUGCACACCUGUUGUUGGCCUAAUUUGUAUGUGGGGCGCGUGCAAAUCAUUGCGGCUGUAACUUCAGCUUCCGGCGGAGAAAAAACAACUGCAACAGAUGGCUUCUGCUACCAGACACCAUUUUUAGUAGGACAACAACAAUGCCGCAAUAAGCAUUACAAAUAUAUACAAAUGUGGAUAAAGCUGCAAGCGGCAAGCAACAAGCCAUUCUGGGGCGAAAUUACUUUUUAGUGCAGCAAAAUAUAAAGCAAAAAAAAUUUAACUUAAUUACAUACCAACAAAAAUUAGCUUGGAAAGUUGCUAAGAAAAGUGACGGCAAGCAAGGAGAAGAAGUUCACUUGAAGCUACAACUUAUUAGGAGAACCGACAUAAAAUGCAGCGUUAGCUAUUUAUCGAACAGCUGAUACUGCGUUGUUGGGAAGAGUUUGGUAGCGAUAACGCUGAUCUCAGUGGCAGCGAAAGUUUAGUGAAAGUGCUCCGCGAGGUAUUUAACAAAUAUACAAACUCGGUUCCCUCUUUGCCAACCACUUACACUCCACUCCACAGUUUUCGUGCUGGCUAGUGUUGACCCCUAGGCUGCACGCCCACAUCGGGGCGUUAUUAUGCAGAAGAAGCCACCAUUGCCGUUGACGGCAUUUAUUGGUGGUCCAACGCUCAUCCACGCUUCUCAAUCGGCGAUCAGUUCGAGUAGCAGCAGCAGCACUGGCAGUGGAAUGUGUUUUCCUAGCAGUAAAAGUGGUGGUGGUGGAGGCGCAAGCGGCGGUGUUGGUGGAGGUGGCGGCUCGGGGGAGAAACAGCGGGAUCGUCAUGGUGGAGGAGGAGGAGGAUUGUGCGGCUGUCACAAGGCGCCCAAAUCACAUUGCAUAUCGGCGACAGGUGUUCUUCUGCUCUUACUUCUCUACACCGCCAUGGGAUCCAUUAUUUUUGUCACACUAGAAGGUGAAUUGGAGGAUUCCAAUUCGCUUGAAACAGCAGUCGCAGCGUCGAAAAAAUUUCCACGCACUGAACUGGCCAAUGAACAAAUAAGAUCACGCACCGUUGAUCGCUUGUGGUCGAUUACCGAGGAUUUGAAUAUUUUAUACAAAGAGAAUUGGACACGUUUGGCCGCACAGGAGGUGCAACAUUUUCAGGAGACCUUGCUGCGCGCCGUACGCCAAUCGAAACUCUAUCAACCUGGCGAACCAAUGAAUCCACCCACACACAAGUGGACUUAUGCAUCGGCGUUUCUUUAUUCAUUAACUUUAAUUACAACAAUAGGUUACGGCGGCAUCUCCCCGCGCACCCAAUGGGGCCGCAUUGCCGCCCUCAUCUACGCGCUCUUCGGCAUACCCAUCGUUCUGCUCUAUCUAUCCGCCAUGGGUGAGGGCCUUUCGGCCGGCAUGCGUUGCCUUUUUCGCAAAGCGCGAUCCAAAAGCGCUGUCAGUAACGGGAGUGGUAGCGGCGGCGGCAAUAGUGGUAGUGGCGGCAGCGGGAAUGGCGGUUCUAAUAGCGGCAAUGGUAAGUUACCACCAAAUGAUAGCGGCAAGAGCACAAACAAGCAUUAUCAUCACAGCGGCGGCAGCAGUGGGAAGUUGCAUCCUGCGGCUGCUCAUCACUAUGGACUGCCAAAUUCUGCCUAUCAUCACAGUAGCUCAGUGGCUAUGGGGGGCCACUCUUCGGCGCAUGGUCCCAGCGUACCCAUUUCCAUUUGCGUAAUGGUACUGGUAUGUUACGUCACCUCGGGCGCGUUGCUCUUCCACAAGUUGCAAAACUGGAGCGUACUGGAGGCGCUCUACUUCUGUUUCACGUCGUUGGGCACAAUUGGAUUCGGCGAGUUGGCGCCCACUGGUAAUCUCACGCUAUAUCUUGCCUCCGCUUACAUACUCGUCGGCAUGGCAGUGGUGGCGAUGUGUUUCAGCCUCAUACAGACAGAGAUUGUGAUGUGGCUGCGCAAAUUCAGCGUGCAGGAUCAUGUGAUGCCGCAGGGCGAGGAUGUUGCGCUCGUCUCGGUGGCGGUUACGCCAAAAUCAUCCUGACAACGAC